AUGGGGUUUUCUUUUUUUCCUUUUGUGAAUGUUCUGCUGGAUCUGUGUGAUAUAUAUCCUGCUGCAUUGCAGCUUAGCAAAUUGCGUGUAUGUUUUGGAACCUUCAAGAUUGUCUACACACUCAGAGGAACGAGCCCAGCUCUUUUGUAUAGAUACAAUCGUCUUGAUGCUGAGGUUCUUAUUAAUAAAAGAUUUACCAGCAUAGAUAAUGCUGAAUUAUGCAGCAAAGUUGGAGUGCCUUUUGUAAUGGGAACAACUGGUGGAGAUAGGGAGAAACUGCACAAAACAGUGGCAGACUCAAAAGUUUAUGCUGUGAUCUCCCCACAAAUGGGAAAGCAGGUAGUAGCUUUUCUCGCAGCCAUGGAAAUCAUGGCAGAACAAUUUCCUGGAUCUUUCUCUGGGUACAGUUUACAGGUGAUGGAGUCUCAUCAAGCAAGUAAAUUGGACACAUCUGGAACUGUGAAGGCUGUUAUCUCUUGCUUUCAGAAACUAGGUGUUUCUUUUGAUUUGGAUGAGGUACAACUAAUACGAGAUCCUGUGCAACAAGUUGAGAUGGUUGGUGUACCCGAAGAAUACUUGUUAGGCCAUGCUUUCCACAUGUACCAUCUGACCUCACCAGACAGAACGGUUUCAUUAGAAUUUCAACACAAUGUUUGUGGUAGAUCAAUCUAUGCAGAGGGCACAGUUGAUGCUAUACUUUUCCUUGCUAAGAAGGUGAAGUUGAAAGCAGAGAAGCGUAUAUACAACAUGAUCGAUGUGCUGCGGGAGGGAAACAUGCGGUAGCAGCUUAAUUAGAUAUGGUGGAGUAGGAUGUAUAGCAUUUAGACCAAGGAAUGGAGAGAAACGAAUAGUGGGUUCAAUUUUCUUGGAUUUGACCCUUCCAGCGGUUCAUGAUGCUUUCGGAUC